AAAACCGUUAAAUGAUCGAUCUAGGCCUUGUGUAUUGUAGACAUAUUAUUAUUAUUAAGCUCGCGUUACGAAGCACCGAAGUUUUCAAUAAAAGAAUUACUUUAUAAACAGCACAACUUUUUAAGCUGUGGGCCUAAUAAAAAUAAACGUGCAUAUCUGGACCAAAGAACGAACGCGUUUAAACUUUAAACGACUGCUUGUUGUAUAACAAGAACCUUGAACCUGAUAAGCACGGGUCGUUUGAUCGAGUUGGAUUUCUACUUCUAGACUGCAAAAAGGAUUCGAUCUAGAUCUAUCUAGUGACAUUUUUAGAUCUAGAUUUUGACCUGUCCUCAGACUGCUGUCGACUGCUUGAAUAAUAUCAUAUGGCUUCUGCAAAAGCAAGUGACAUUGUGUUUUAUAUCAAUGGAGAAGAGCAGAAAGUCCCCAACACAUUUGCUGUGUCCACCUCACUCAAUGACUACCUCAGGGAAGUGGCAGGGUUAAAGGGCACCAAGGUCAUGUGUCGGGAGGCUGGCUGUGGCUGCUGCGCUGUGGCUGUGACCCACUUAAAGCCUGGCACAGACAAGCUUGAGACCUACAGCGUUCAGUCAUGCCUGACUCCCCUAUAUACAGUGGAUGGUUGGCAGGUCAGCACAGUGGAAGGUAUUGGAGGUCAGAAGUCUGGGUUUCAUCCCAUCCAGAAGAGGGUUGCUGAAUUCAAUGGUACACAGUGCGGCUAUUGUACACCUGGUAUGGUGAUGAACAUGUAUGGCCUCUUGCACCAAAACCCCACCAUCUCAGCCCAGGAAAUCGAGGACAACUUUGAUGGCAACAUGUGUCGAUGCACUGGGUACAGGCCCAUCUUAGAUGCUAUGAAAUCUUUUGCCUCUGAUGGUAGCAUACCUCAAGCUAAACCCAUUGAUAUUGAGGACCUGAACAAAAAGCUGUGCCCAAAAACUGGAGAGGUGUGUACUGGUAGUCAUGGCAACAAGGGAGGAGACAGAUGUUUGGAUAUAGAUGUCAGUGGAGUCAAGUGGUACAGACCAACAUCACUGACUGAACUUGGGUCAAUUCUUAAACUGAAUGCAGAGAAAAAAGUGAAACUGUUGCUGGGCAACACAGCUGCAGGAAUCUUUAAGCAAGAAGGGCCUUUUGAUGUGUAUGUAGAUUUACACAGAGUGACUGAACUCUAUACCAUAGAGCUGGGAGAGAGUUUUAAAGUUGGUGUAGCCACAAGUCUGACCAGUUUCAUGAGUAAACUAAAAGCCAGCCAAGACCUGCCUGGAUACAAGUACUUCACAGCCCUGCAUAGACAUUUCAAAUUUAUUGCUAACGUCAUGGUCAGGAAUGCUGGUACUGUUGGUGGGAACUUGAUGAUCAAAUACAACCACCCAGAAUUCCCCUCUGAUAUCUACACUCUGUUUGAGUGUCUGGGGGCCCAAGUCUACAUAUAUGAUUCCCUCUCUGGGGAAACCAGCAAGCACUCUCUGGUAGACUUUUUAAGUGUGAAGAUGUCUGGCCAGGUUUUGUUGGCUGUGGAGUUGCCACAGUUACCAGAAAGCAAUGUGUUCAAGUCUUUUAAGAUCACUCCCAGGUGGCAGAAUGCACAUGCCUAUGUGAAUGCUGCCUUUAGAAUACCUGCAGAAGGACGUGACAUUAAAGGACGGCCAUCUCUUGUGUUUGGAGGGAUUAAUGCUCAAACUGUGCAUGCUGUCAAAACUGAAGACUUUUUAACAAAUAAAACACUUUCAAAUGAUGUUGUUAAAGAGGCCCUUCAGGUUUUGGCCAGUGAACUGGACCCUGAGCUGGACCCACUCCUGGCAUCCCCCAAAUAUAGAAAAGAGUUGUCAGGGAACUUGUUGUACAAGGUACUUCUUGGUAUCUACAAUACAACCAAUCCAAAACUACGGUCUGGAACUGACUACCUACAUCGCCCCAUUUCUUCAGGCCUACAAACUUAUCAGGAAAUGAAGACUGAAUUUCCUUUGAAAAAAGCUAUGCCAAAGCUGACAGCCCCAUUGCAGGCAUCAGGGGAGGCAAUGUUUGUGAAUGACAUCCCCAGCUACCAGCAUGAGUUGUGUGCAGCCUUUGUUCUCUCAGACUAUGGGCCUGCCACACUGGAAUCUAUUGAUGCUACUGAAGCUCUGAGCCUGCCUGGAGUUGUGGGUUUUUAUUCAGCUAAAGACAUCCCUGAAGGUGGAACCAACAAUUAUUUACCUAGUGGAAUCUUUACUUUCACACCUAUAGAGGUAUUUGCUACUAAAGAUAUCUCCUUCAGUGGUCAAGCCCUUGGAAUGAUUGUAGCUGAAUCUCAAAGCCUAGCUAAUGCUGCUGUCAAGAAGGUCAAGGUUACCUACUCCAACAUCCAGAAACCAGUUUUAAGUAUAGAGGAAAGUAUAGCCCAAGGCAAAGAAUUUUCUGCAGAUUUGAAGGACUUUGUGGCUGGGAAUCCUGACGAAACCUGGUCAACUGUGGACAAAACUGUUGAAGGUGAAUGCAGAAUGGGCUCACAGUACCACUUUUACCUGGAGACUCAGGUGUCAUUAGGGGUCCCAUCUGAAGAUGGUAUAGACCUGUACUGUUCUACACAAUAUGCUGAUAUGAGCCAACAUGCUGCUGCUGAUAUCAUUGGAAAACCAAUGAACUUCAUAAAUGUGACUGUACCAAGGGUUGGUGGAGGGUUUGGUGGCAAGGCCUGGGAUUCUUGUGCUGUGUCAACUGCUGUUACACUUGGAGCUUUCUUAUCUGGCAGACCAGUGAGAAUGUCCCUAGAUCUGUCAACUAAUAUGAGACUUCUUGGCAAGAGAGCUCCUUUGUUGUCAAAGUACAAGAUUGGGUUCAGUGAUGUUGGUGACGUCCAGGUGAUAGAAAUGGAUUUGUAUUUUGAUGUCGGCCAUAACAGCGAUAGAGCUUCAGACAUUGGCCAUGUUAUCCACUUCAUUGAUAUGGGCUACCAUGUGCCACACUGGAAAAUCAAGCCACAUGCCAUGAUGACAAACAAACAAGCCAUGUCCCCUGUCAGGGCCCCAGGUUCUGUGCCCGCUGCGUUUAUCAUUGAGACCAUCAUGGAACAUGUGGCCAGGUCUGUGAACAGACACCCCAUCCUCGUCAAGGAGAUCAACUUGUAUGAGAGGGAGCAGACUGACCUGUUUGGCCACCCAAUGACCAACUGUACCUUAAGGGAUCUGUGGAGACGUCUCAAGGACACUGCUGAGGUAGAAGGGAGGAUGAGGCAGGUGGAUGCCUUUAACCAGGAAAACCUUUGGAAGAAGCGAGGCAUCACAAUGACCACCAGCAAAUAUGGAAUAUCCCACUUUGCUGGACAGACUUCACAUGUGGCCAUAUUUGCUACAGAUGGAACUGUCACAGUCAGCCAAGGGGGCGUGGAAAUGGGUCAAGGUCUAUAUACUAAGGUUGCACAGGGUGUGGCUCAUGUUUUGGGAGUGCCUAUUGAGAGCAUCAAAGUUCGACCAAACCAAACCAUCAUCACCCCCAACAGCAUGGUGUCUGGUGGGAGUAUUGCUAGUGAGGUGUCCAUGCAGGCAGCAGUUGAAGCCAGUAAUAUCCUGAAGCUGAGAAUGCAGCCAAUCAGAGAGAAGUUCCCUGAUGCAAGCUGGAAGGAACUGUGCAAGAAGUGUCUUCAAAAUAAUAUAGAUUUAUCUGCACAACACACCUUUGUGCCUGCAAAGUGUGAGAAGAUUUACCAAUACUUCACCUACUGUGCUGCUGUGAUUGAGAGUGAAGUGGACAUCCUAACUGGCGAGUCUCAGAUCAGGAGAGUGGACAUCAUGGCUGACUUUGGAGAAAGUUUAAAUCCAAUGAUUGACAUUGGGCAAGUGGAAGGUGCGUUCUUGAUGGGUCUAGGGGCCUACAUGUCUGAAGACAUCGUCUUUAAUGCAGAUACAGGCAGGAUACUCAAUGAUGGAACAUGGGAGUAUAAGCCGCCAACAAGCAAAGAUAUUCCAAUAGACUGGAGAAUCCAUCUCUUGCCUGAUACCCCAAACCCUUCAGGAAUCCGAAGCUCUAAAGCUGUUGGUGAACCGCCCAUCUCUCUGUCUGUUGGUGCCCUGCUAGCUAACAAACUUGCUGUCCAGUCUGCUCGUCAUGAUUUGUUUGGUUCCACAGACUUUUUGCCUACAGUUGCCCCAUUCACUGUGGAGAGAGUUCAACAAAGUACUGGCCUGAUGGUAGACAAACUAGUUCUGUAGAUUGGAGUUGUUGUCCUUUGUUUGUUUACAAUUUACAUUCUGCUAAAACUAUUUCUUUCAACAUUUAUGUACAUGUUUUAUGUACAAAAUCUCAUUUU